AUAAAAGUUAAAAAUACAUUUUGUAUACAUGCAUUCUCAAAGUUUUUUUGUUGCGCGAAAACAUUAGCAGCAACAAUCGCAGAAGCGUAGGCAAUCAGAAUGUCCUGGCAAAAUUUUUGCGAUCACAGUGAUACCUACAAGCUGGUGCGAUCACGAAACAAUCAAAGCUAUGAUGUAGUGAUGAACGUUGUAUCGCUGGCCAAGCGUUAUCGGCAGGCGCGACAGUCCAUAAUGGAGGACACGCACGACGUAGAUGCCAACUGCGAUGGACCAGACCUGGAUUUUGUGUACGCUGACGUGGAUAGCUACCAAAAUGAGAUUGCCGAGCUUUAUAGCUACACGGAAUUCAGCGAAUUCCAGAUGAAUGUUAAGGCUUUUGAGGACCAAAUGGAGCUGUAUGACUUGCCACCAAACUGGCAGAAACAGGAUGCUGCCUCCCAACGCAGCAUUGUGAUGAAACUGAUUGAUCAGCUAGAGGUUUCUAAUCGAGCGUUUCGGAUGCAAGCCGCCCGUUGUAUAUUAUAUUUGGCGCAAGGCUGCUGGGCCGAGGUUCAGUCUGAUGAGGAGCAACAUCAGAAUACGCGGGAAAACGUGAUUGUGCUGUACCAGCUUGGAGUGUUCUCGUCCUUUAUUGAUUUGCUCAAUAUGGAAAUUGAAAGCGCAUGUUCGCCGGACAUUGUGGCCGUGAAGAUAACGAAUGUAACGCUGGUGGACUCAACGGAUAUACGUGUCAUCCUGUCGGUACUGUACAUUAUAACCGAGACAAUACGAAAUGAACGUGAAAAGGCAAGUGAAGAUUACAAAGAUAUGGCCGAAGCGUUUGUGCAGGAGAUCAAUAGUCCGCUGCCGGACGGAGAGUUGCUGGCCGUGAAGUUGUUGGGCAUGAUUACGCGAUUUUGUAGCGGUGCUGCGCCCCAGUUUCCCAUGAAAAAGGUUGUGCUGCUCUUAUGGAAAGUGUCAUUGCUCGGUCUCGGUGGCAUGGAUGUGUUGAAGAAUCUCAAGAACGAGUACCGAAUCAAAGUCGGCUUGGAACCAAUCACAGAGGAUACACUGGAGGUCACUAAAUGCAUGCGCGCGAGCUCGCCGCCGGCAACGGCUACGGAUAUACUCGAAAAUCAGUAUCCCAAAAAGAACUUUAAACGGUCCCUGAUGAAGCAACGUUUUCUAGACGAACCGGAGCAAAUAGAUAUGGAGUUAACGGGCAAUGAAGGCAACCCCAAUUCCAACGGUGGCGGAGCUACAGGCAACAAUGGUAGCGGUAACAAUGGCGAGGAUGAACUUUCACAAUACUAUCGACCCUUUGAUGAUCCAUCCUCGUCUACAACAGCGACAGCAUCCACUACAUCCACAGCGAAUCCAAAUAACCAGCCCAAUCUGACACAACCGCCUGCUCCUGUGGCACCUGUGCAAAUCACGGCACGACUCCCCUGGACUCCAAAGGUGCGCCAAAAGGAUAUUGAUCAGUUCUUGGAUAUUUCGCGUAACAAGUUCAUUGGCUACUCACUAAUUGGUGACCACGAGAGCUUAGCAGGUCUGCCUCAGCCCAUUCACGAGGGUUUUAAUACGCUCCAACGACACAUGUACACCAGUCUGGCUGAUAUGCAAAUCAAGAAGGAAGAGGACAUAGCACGCAAUCCGAUCUCAACACAUGAGGAUGAAAUUAAACUGACACCAGCUGAAGUACUCUAUCAGGCCAUAUUGCCUAAUUUACCGCAGUAUAUGAUAGCACUUCUCAAAGUCUUAUUGGCGGCAUCACCCACCUCAAAGUCAAAAACAGAGAGCAUCAACAUAAUGGCCGAUGUGCUGCCAAAGAAGAUGCCGCUAACUGCGACACAAUCGACAAAAUUAACCGUCGACAUGGGCAGACACAAGGAGAUCAUUGUAAAGGCUGUAUCGGCGAUAAUAUUACUCUAUUUGAAGCAUUUCAAGAUCAAUCAUGUGUAUCAGUUCGAAUUCAUGUCCCAGCAUCUCGUGUUUGCUAAUUGCAUUCCGUUGGUGCUGAAGUUCUUCAAUCAAACGAUAACCGAGUAUGUGAAUACAAAAAAUUCCAUACCUUUACUGGAUUUCCCCUCAUGUGUGAUUGGGGAGCAGCCCGAUCUGAGUGGCGAUAGUUUUGUCUAUGGUGGUGAAAUGUCCGACAAGCCUUACUCAUGGCGCAAUGUCUUCUCCUGCAUUAAUUUGCUGCGCAUAUUGAACAAACUGAUCAAAUGGAAGCACUCGCGAGUAAUGAUGUUGGUGGUCUUCAAAUCGGCGCCCAUACUUAAGAAGACGUUGAAAGUGCGACAUGCCAUGAUGCAGCUCUACGUACUGAAGCUACUCAAGAUGCAGACCAAAUACUUGGGUCGCCAGUGGCGUAAAUCUAACAUGAAAACCAUGAGUGCCAUUUACUCCAAAGUCCGACACCGUCUGAACGAUGAUUGGGCCUUUGGCAAUGACUUGGAGUCGCGUCCGUGGGACUUUCAGGCGGAGGAAUGCACGCUCCGUGCUUGUGUGGAUCGCUUCAAUCUACGACGGUAUCCAGAGGCUACACAAAAGUGUGGUGCAGGCGGUGGUGGUAACAAUGGCACUGCAGCACAAAAUGCAGAAAACGCUCAGCAAUCCAAUAUGAAUGUGACCGGUAACGGUAACAAUGGCGGAGUUGGUGAGACCAAUGGAUACGGCGGCAAUGGAGGCGGCGGUGGUGUUAAUGGCGGCGCGAAUGCCCACAAUCAGCAAUUGCAUGAUUAUGGCGUCGAGGGCGGUUUUCCCAGUGAUGAGAUACUGACGCAUUCGGAUUUCGCCUUUUUUGGCCAUUCGGGUUGGUGGGAUCGCAAAGUGGAGUUGACAGAUUACUUUAAGGCCAACUACGCGAUUUGGCUAGAAGAGGAGGUCUACAACAGUCAAACCGACUGGGAUGCACUCUAGAGCAUUAGCUUUGACUCGAUCGUUAAUAUAGGGGCAAUGUUUACUUUUAGUAGCGCCGCAUAAUAUACGCAACAUAUUUAAGCAAAAGGUUAUUACCAUAAUUUUAAGCAAAAAGUUUACAAAAAGGACAUUAUGAUGAAGAUAUUGAUAAUCCAAGUAGUAGCAGUCGGAGCUCGAUUCCAAUACCAAGCGCAAAGCACUUCGUUCAUUAACAAUAACAAAUCGGCAAUAAAUCGUGUAUGAGGCCGCAGCAACAGUAUCUCUUUAAUACGACUAACUAAAGGAACCCUGUUUCUGAAUAUUGCAUCUGUACAUUAAGCAAUCAUAUAUAUUUGUAUAUUUAUUUCUUUAUGGAGUUUUUUUCUCUGUAUACUUUAAAACUGUUGUUUUGGCAAAAGGCCAUUUAAAAUUUUAAAAUGUAAAAGUAAAAUAUUCAAUAUUGCACUCAUAAGCCGGUAUUAAACAUAUAGAAGAAUAAACAAAUUUACUAAUAUUAAAAAACAAAGAAAAUAUAAAUCCAUUAAUGAAAAUUGCAA